AUGGCUGUCAAAGAGACAGCCCCGGUAGGAAAAACGUUGCUCAGUCUGAUCACGUGGUCACGAGACGAUGACGUCAACUUCUCCGUGAGAGAGAUCGAGGGAUUCAGCCUGACUUUUGCUGGAGCACCUGAUCAGGUGAAUGACAGCGAAAAAUUUCUCCAACUUACCAAUGUCUACAAUGGCGACAUCGCCUUGAAGGUCGGUCUGGAUUUUGAGGCGUUUCCUGCGGGACACAAAUUUCUUACUGCUGGCGUGGUAGUAAAGGAUACAUCUGGGCUGACAGGGGAAGCUACUCUAAGACUUGACGUGCUAGACGACGAUGAUUUGCCUCCCUUGUUCUACUACCCAGACUGUGAAGAGCCCUGCAGCCCCUUGUACCAGGCCAGCAUCAGCCCAAGCCAUGUUGGAGAAAUUGAAUCAAUAACACCUGGACCUAUAGCGGCUAAAGACGGGGACUCUCUCAACUACACGGUGACAUUCUCCCUUGUUGACGGACCCCCAAACUUUGAGAAGUGUUUGACCAUCAACAGCAGCACGGGUCAGAUGUACGUCAUUCAGGCCUUGGGUCAGUUCUACACGCAGAAGGAAAUACUGGUUGUUGUACAGGCGACAGAAACCUCCCCGCUACAGCACCAGACCAGGACGACCCUCCUGCUGGUGGUGGGGGAGGACCCUCCCACCUCUGGACUGACCACCCUCAUCCUCCUGCCCAUCACUCUAGUCCUCCUCCUGCUCGCUGUCGUGUGUGGGCUCUACUGGUGGAUGAAGAACAAGAGACCUUUCCUGCACCAGAUCGUCCCUGCCAUAAUGACCGGCACAGAAUCAACAGACCAAUGUAUCAGUACUGUCUCCGAGUAUUCCUACAUUGAUACCAUCUCCGUCCAUGACAGAAGAAAACAGGUCUCGUGUUCUAAACUCGUGGAGGAUUGGCCAGCAGAAUCCAGUACCCAGCAGACGCUGCACGUGAUGGAUCACAACAGUUCAAACGAAUCUUCCAGACCACGGCCUUCUGGGCUGGAUAUUUACGACCAGUUAGAAACCCCAGCAUCACGUGACGGCUCGUGGAGCAGGCAGACGUCCCCCGCCCCCAGCAAGUUCAGGCUGACCGUCGACCCUCCCCAGCCGUCAAGUUCAAGGUCGUCCCCCUACAGCCCGCUGAGGGACGAGGACGAGGGUAGCUCAGACUCGCACCGGGUCCAGCACAACAACCGCCACGCCCACCACCCACUUCCGGUUCCGCUGGCCGUCCAGGAACAGCGUCUGAGCAGUAUAGAUUUUAGGUUACAUCACGACGCGAGGGACGGGCCCAGGGGGGAGGCCCCCCGGAGCGGGGACUACGCCCCGGAUGUGUACGACGCCACGGCGGACUACCAGGAGCUGGAGGUGGAUGCUGGGUUCUACACUGACGUCAUCAAGCUCAAGCGUCAGAGGCACGUGACGGAGAUACCCUUGGAUACGCUGGAACCGCGGUACUGGACAACGGUCGAGGCGCUGGACUCGGCGGAGUCGGACAUCUAGUGAAGC